CAGCAGCUUCUAGAAGAACAUAAGGAGAGUCUGAGGAGGAGAUUUGAACGUGUGACUGAAGGAAGUGAUGGACCAGGAGGAGGAAGCCUCCUCAACAGGAUCUACACUGAGCUCCACAUCACGGAACCUCAGCUGAUGCAGUAUCAAUGUCGGAGAAAAGAAACCCUCUAUCACACUGCCAUCAGGGUUCAGGACAUCUUCAAAGCCUCGGCCCAGCAGCUCAGACACAUCCGAGUGGUUCUGACCAGCGGCGUGACCGGCAGUGGAAAAACGUUCUCGGUGCACAAGUUCAGUCUGGACUGGGCCGAGGGCCUGGAGAACCAGGAUGUCAGUGUUCUGGUUGUGCUCCCCUUCAGGGAGCUGAACCUGCUGGGAGAGCGGCCGUACAGUCUCCUCUCGCUGCUCCGUGUUUUCCAUCCCACGCUCCAAAGGGUGACGGCAGAGGAGCUGGCUGUCUGCAAGCUGCUGUUCAUCUUGGACGGCCUGGAUGAAAGCAGACUUUCUCUGGACUUCAGCAGCACCCAGUGGCUGUUUGGUGUCUCCCAGCAGUCUUCAGUUAGCCUGCUGCUCACUAACCUCAUCCGGGGGAAUCUGCUGCCCUCGUCUCGGAUCUGGAUCACUUCCCGACCGGCGGCGGUCCAUCAGAUCCCUCCAACAUGUGUGGACAGACUGACAGAAGUGCGAGGCUUCACUGACGCCCAGAAGGAGGAGUACUUCAGGAGGAGGCUGAGUGAUGAGGAGCUGAGCAGCAGAAUCAUCUCCCACAUCCAGACAUCCAGGAGCCUCCACAUCAUGUGUGGAAUCCCAGUCUUCUGCUGGAUCACUGCUACAGUUCUGGAGCACAUGUUGAGCACCGAGCAGAGAGGAGAGCUGCCCCAGACCCUGACUGACAUGUACUCCCACUUUGUGCUGGUUCAGACACACAGGAAGAAGCUCAAGUACCACGAAGGACCUGAGACGGGUCCACAGGAGCUGACGGAGGCUGACAGGGAGCUUCUUCUGAAGCUGGGCAGGAUGGCCUUGGAACAUCUGGACAAAGAAAACAUGGUGUUCUACCAACAAGACCUGGAGCAGUGUCGUCUGGAUGUGACUGAGGCCUCACUGUUCUCUGGAAUCUGGACUCAGAUAUUCAAAAGAAAGUCUGUGAUCUUCCAGAAAGCCGUCUACAGCUUCAUUCAUCUGACUGUUCAGGAGUUUCUGGCUGCAGUCUUCAUGUUCCACUGUUUCACCAGCGGGAAGACAGAAGUACUGAAGACUUUCUUCAGAGAGGGGGUUGAUGGUGAAGAUGAUGAUAAUGAUGCUUUCCGAUCUCUGGACAAAUUCUUGAAGAAGGUCCUUCAGAAAUCCCUCAGAAGUCAGAACGGCCACCUGGACCUGUUUGUCCGCUUCCUUCAUGGCCUCUCUCUGAAAUCCAACCAGAGACUCUUAGAAGGUCUGCUGGGUCGGACAGAGAUCAGUCCAGAAACCAUCCAGAGAGUCAUCCAGAACCUGAAGGAGAUCAACAGUGAUCAAAUGUCUCCUGACAGACGCAUCAACAUCUUCCACUGUCUGACGGAGAUGAAGGACCUCUCAGUACAUCAGGACAUCCAAGAGUUCCUGAAGUCAAAGAACAGAUCAGAGAAGGAACUCUCUGAGAUCCACUGCUCAGCUCUGGCCUACAUGCUGCAGAUGUCAGACCAGGUCCUGGAGGAGUUGGACCUGAACAAGUACAACACAUCAUGGGAGGGACGACGCAGACUGAUCCCAGCUGUGAGGAACUGCAGGACGUUUCGAUUUAGAAUUGAUUGGGAAAGCUGUGGUUCUGACUUUCGCCUCCCUGAUGAUGAGUAUGAGGUGAUCUUCUCAGCCCUGAAGUCUGACCCCUCCCAUCUGGAACAUCUGGACCUGAGUUACAGCAGACUGGAGGAUUCAGCAGUGAAGAUUCUGUGUGCUGGACUGGAGAGUCCAAACUGCAAACUGGAGACUCUGAGGUUGAGGAACUGCAGCAUGUCAGAGAUCAGCUGUUCUUCUGUGGUCUCAGCUCUGAAGUCCAACCUCUCCCUCCUGAAACAUCUGGAGCAUCUGGAACUGAGUGGGAACCCUCUGCAGGAUUCAGGAGUUUCUCAGCUGUGUGGUUUUCUGCAGAGUCCACUCUGUCGUCUGCAGACUCUGAGUUUGAUCAGCUGCCGCUUGUCAGAGAUGAGAUGUUCUUCUGUGGUCUCAGCUCUGAAGUCCAACCCCUCCCUCCUGAAACAUCUGAGACAUCUGGACCUGAGCGGGAACCCUCUGCAGGGUUCAGCAGUUGAGCAGCUGUGUGGUUUUCUGGAGAGUCCACUCUGUUGUCUGCAGACUCUGAGGUUGGACAACUGUCUGAUGUCGGAGAGCAGCUGUUUUUCUGUGGCCUCAGCUCUGAAGUCCAACCCCUCCCUCCAGAAACAUCUGAAACACCUGGACCUGUUCAACAAUGAUCUGCAGGAUUCAGCAGUUGAGCAGCUGUGUGGUUUUCUGCAGAGUCCACUCUGUGUUCUGCAGAAUCUGAGGUUGAGUCGCUGCAGGAUGUCAGAGAUCAGCUGUUCUUCUGUGGCCUCAGCUCUGAAGUCCAACCCCUCCCUCCUGAAACAUCUGGAAAUUCUGGACCUGAGUUGGAGCCGUAUGCGGGGUUCAGGAAUUGAGCAGCUGUGUGGUUUUCUGGAGAAUCCACUCUGUCGUCUGCAGACUCUGAGGUUGUGGGGCUGCGGUUUGUCAAAGAUCUGCUGUUCUUCUCUGGCCUCAGCUCUGAAGUCCAACCCCUCCCACCUGAAGGUGCUCCUACUGGAUUUGAACCAUCUGCAGGCUCCAGAUGUGCAGCAGCUGGUUGAUCUAGAGCAGAGUCCAGACUGCAGCCUGCAGGGUCUGGGGUGGAAGGGCUGAGAGCAGAGCUUCAUCCAGCAGUGAGUGACAGAGGAACCAGCAGAAGAUCUGCAGUGUGAAGAGCUGUGAGAGUCCAGCAUCGAACCAGGGUUCCUCUGGAUGUGACUCAGAAUCAUCAGUGUGUGGACUGUUUCUCCUCCUCUUUUUUUCCCCACAUUAGUUUUCCUGUAAUUAUUUGAAGCAGGUUUGAAGUCUUACGGUCCAGCUCCAGUUGUUUUUGUUUUUCCUUCGCUUUUCGUCUGCUGCUGAUUGUGACUCACUGGUUAACAGGAGAAUUUCAAACUGGCCUCCAGGUUAAAAAUGUAGCAGACCUGUUCCAGACAAAGACAGAUGGAGUUUCACACCAUGAAUCACUUUAGAAAAAUGACAGACUUCAGAGCUUUUUGACCAAAUCAAAUGAUUCCUGGAUUCCAUCAGUGUCUACAUAUCCAGGUCUGGAUUCAAGAAGUCUGGUCUGCUCUAGAGAACCUGCCUGGGAUUGGAAAAUGUUUUGUUUUUUGCAGAAUGAAAAUAAAGUUGAUGAACA